GGCAGUGGUGCUGGGAGUCUCGUGCGCGCGGAGCCGUUACUCGCAGUCGGGGGGGCGGCGGCGGCAGCGGCGGCACAGCGCAGAGCGCAGAGCGCAGAGCGCGCCUUAGCAGCAGUUGCAGCGGAGGCACCCCCGCUGUCACAGCCCUUGCGCUGGUGGAUCCACCCUCUCUCCCUCGGCUCUUCCUCCCUUCGCUUGCACCAUGGCUGAUCAGCUGACUGAAGAACAGAUUGCUGAAUUCAAGGAAGCUUUCUCCCUAUUUGAUAAAGAUGGUGAUGGCACCAUCACAACAAAGGAACUAGGAACUGUCAUGAGGUCACUGGGUCAAAACCCAACAGAAGCGGAACUGCAGGAUAUGAUCAAUGAAGUGGAUGCUGAUGGUAAUGGCACCAUUGACUUCCCAGAAUUUUUGACUAUGAUGGCUAGAAAAAUGAAAGAUACAGAUAGCGAAGAAGAAAUCCGUGAGGCAUUCCGAGUCUUUGACAAGGAUGGAAACGGUUACAUCAGUGCAGCAGAGCUACGUCAUGUCAUGACAAACUUAGGAGAAAAACUAACAGAUGAAGAAGUAGAUGAAAUGAUCAGAGAAGCAGAUAUUGAUGGAGACGGACAAGUCAACUAUGAAGAAUUCGUACAGAUGAUGACUGCAAAAUGAAGACCUACUUUCAACUACUUUUUCCCCCCUCUAGAAGAAUCAAAUUGAAUCUUUUACUUACCUCUUGCAAAAAAAAAGAAAAAAGUUCAUUUAUUCAUUCUGUUUCUAUAUAGCAAAACUGAAUGUCAAAAGUACCUUCUGUCCACACACACAAAAUCUGCAUGUAUUGGUUGGUGGUCCUGUCCCCUAAAGAUCAAGCUACACAUCAGUUUUACAAUAUAAAUACUUGUACUACCUUAAUGAUAAGGAAGCACUUAGUGGACUCCUUAAAGUUCCAUUUGCUAAUGAUUAAUACACUGUUUGGGCUGGCCAGUUUUUCAUGCAUGCAGCUUGACGAUUGAGCACAGUCAAGCAUUUGUAUUAAAAUCGAAAAAUGAAAAACGAAUUCAAAACCUACUCAGAUGGGUUCGAGUUCAAUUUGUUAGUAUAAAUUGUCACGGCUGGUUUACUGAAAACAAACACAUUUAAAAUUGGUUUACCUCAGGAUGAUGUACAGAGAAUGGGUGAAGGAUAAACUGUUGAGAGGUAGCCCCAGUAGCAGGACGGUCCUCUUGUACGUCCCUGUGCUCUGACCCAUGGUGACAGUGACACCGUGGUGGCGUGCCCACUCAUGUUGGUUUAGCAAUGUCUGUGUUGUACUUAGUGAAAUGGGUGUCAGACUGUCACACUCACACAAAUUUUUACUAAGAAAUCUUUUACAAAGGAGCAUCUUUGGACUCUGUUUUUAAAACCUUCUGAACCAUGACUUGGAGCCGGCAGGUAGGCUAUGGCUGUGGACUUCAGCACAACCGUCAACAUUGCUGUUUGAGAAAUUACAAUUUACAUCCAUUCCAAGUUGUAAAUGCUAGUCUUUUUUUUUUUUUCCAAUAAAAAAACCAUUAACUUAAAAUGGUGUUAAAUGCUUUGUAAAGCUGAGAUCUUAAAAGGGGACAAGGCACUUGGAGGGGAGGCCAGUGUACAUUUAAGUGCCCACAGCCCAGUGUUGGGCUUCCCUCCCUCCCAAGUUCCCAGCACCAACCUCUGAGCCUAAGACCUUGCCUCAAGACAGGCGCAUACUGAUCGCUUUACCAUAUUUAUCAACAACAUAAGUCUAGUUGCGUUUUCUCUGGGGGGAGGGGGGAGGCAAAUCUAUUGAGGUGGUAGAGCUCUUACUGAAGGAAAAAACCACUUUCUCAAGCAUGUAUUUAGGGGUUCUUCUCAAUUGUGCUGCUGAUUACCUGUUUUAUGUAACUACUUGAGACCAUCUUUGCAAGGGACAUGAUUUAGUGUGUCUGUAAUUCAGUCCUCGCCGUGUGUGGUAGAAGCAGUAGUCCUUUCUUAAGCCAGUCUCUUCAUGCCUAAAAGACUACCAGUCACCUUGAUUCAGAGUUUAAUUUAUGAUUAGCCUUUUACUUUUUUCUGUUUUUGUUUAAAGUUGACUUGACUUUUGCUGCCCCCCCCCCCCCCAGUAGAACUAAUGCUAAGCCUCUGGCUUGAAAGUAAAACUCCGGCCCAGAGUGAAUUUUGUGUCUAAUUAUAAACCUGUAAUCAAAACCCAGACAUGCUGGUACUGGUCUUUGCAGUGGGAUUGGUCCAUUGAAAAAGCCCCCUUACAAGCAUCUUGCAUUUAGUGUGGGGCUCUUUUGAAAUGAAGGCUGGAUAUGGACUUUUCGGGGUGUUAACUUGUUGUGUCUUACUAGCAAGGAGAUUUGAGUUGUGUGUGUUUGUGCGGGUGGUUUUAAUCGCCAGGGGAUGGUGGCAGGCUGCUAGUGGGGCAGUGAUGAGCUCUUGGCAGCCAAGUGGGUGCAUUCUGGGCUGAUUUAUGAGAGACCCUUGGCUUCUCCCUCUCCUACUCCCUGUCUUUCUGGCAUUGUGUAGCUUGUUAAGAUUUUCUGCCAGAGGGGUGGGUCAGAGCCGUGGAGAGGAUUCAUUGCCAUUGUGCAUCUGCUGCCAGUCCUUGGACUUCGUGGUUGGUAGAGGAGAGGUUGACCCCAAUUCUUUGAAUCUGAGAGGAGCAACCAAGAAUCUCUUGGAGUUUCUCUUGUGGUGAGAUAGGCAGUACUGUGGGCUCUCUGAAUGAGUAAGUCCACUAUGACCUGGUGUUUCUCUUAGGGGUUCAGCCCAGUUGUCGGCCCAGUCUCAGGCCUGGGGUCAGUGACCUCUUGGUAGUUUCAAGGGGGUUUGGGGGCUGUUUGUUUUUAAAGACUUAGCUCCUAUUGUACUUUUACCAAGUCUUUCUGGAAGCUGGGUGGACUCUAUUUUCAUAGUCCCACAGUCUGUCCUAAAAGACUACCUUUGGAACAGGAUACGUGUGUGGCUAGGAUCCUGUGUGGGAACCAGAUACCCUACUCUGCAGGGAAUGCUGAGUUCCAGCUGGGAGCAGAGGUGAGGUAGAGUCCACUUUAGCCUUUCCCCGGGCAUUCUGGGGGCAUGACCAGCCCAGGGGUUGGGCGGUAGUCUGUGAGUUAGGGAGAGGAAAGAGCUUGAUGUCGCGGCACCCUCCUGUAAACUUGCCCCUACUUUUAACUAUAAAUAUAUACAUAUAUUUAUAUAUAUAAAAGUGACUAGUUUAACUGGCAUCCUGCUUUAGCCUGAGACUUGCCAUAAGAAACUGCUGAGUACUUGGCAAACCCUUUCAUAAUUUCGAUCUCCAUCUGUUCGGGGUAGGUGUUGAGCAAGGCAAAUGGAUCUCGAUAUUCAGAUGGGCUUUUGAUGCACUGUUGCCAGGGAAGGCUUUUUCUGAUUUUUUGACAAAUUUUUGCACACUUUAAUUGGUGUCUUUUGGCAAUUUAAACACAUUGAAGAUGAGCUAUUGUACAUAUUUUUAUAUUCUCUUUAUAAAUGCAUGUCCAAUUGUACUUGUAACAAUAUUGUAAUGAAUGGCUGUCCAGUAGGCCUAGCGCUGCUGUCACAUCAGGAAAGCAUAUUAUUGGCCCCUCAGCAUCCUGGGAACUUCUCCCUAAACAAAGAAUGUAAAUUUGGUCAAGUCUACUCUUCAUUCAUUCAGUUAUUUUAACCAUUUGGAUUAUUUAUUAUAUGUCCUAUAUAUAUCCUUUUGGCAGUGACUAGAUUUCCACUGAUGUGUCUUAAUCUAUCCCUUCAGCUGGCAGUUACUCUUUUUUUUUUUAAUCCCUUGAAGUUGUCCUGUAGGAGACAGAAAUUCUUUGCUGUCUAUCCCUUGGAGUUAAAAGAUAGUGGCAUGGGUGGAGUGUGUGUUCUUUCUCCAAAUCUAUUAUAAUGUCAUUAAACACUUCUGUAGCAAAGAUGGUGGUGGUUCUUUUGUUACUGAAGUUGCCCUUCUCCGUGGCUAUUUGAAAAGGAGUUGUACUGGAACGUUUCUGUAAAUCUUGAGAUGAACUGUUUGGAGAUUUAACCACCUCUCUGAUGGGGGACCAACUAUGGAAAUUGUAAAUAAGUUUUAUUUAUAAACCUGGCACUGUAUUCAAUAAACAUUUCUGCAGCCUUUCAUCU